AUGGCCAGUCAGCAGGACUCAGGCUUCUUUGAGAUCAGCAUCAAAUCUCUGCUCAAAUCCUGGAGUGGCACGUCUCCCGUUGGCAAGCCAGCCCUCCCUACAGUGAGCAGCGCUCCAGGAGAGAGGAAAGGCCCCGUCGUCACCAUGCCUGUUACCGUGGAUCCCGAGAGCAAACCCGGCGAAUAUGUCCUCAAAAGUCUGUUUGCCAACUUCACAACUCUGUCUGAGCGCAAGAUUCGAAUCAUUAUGGCUGAGCCGCUGGAAAAGCCGCUCACUAAAUCUUUACAAAGAGGGGAGGACCCACAGUUUGACCAGCUCAUCAGUACUAUGAGCUCACUGGCUGAGUACUGUCUUCCCUCCAUCCUGCGUACGCUGUUCGACUGGUACAAGAGACAGAACGGCCUGGAGGACGAGUCACACGAGUACAGGCCCAGAGCCAACACCAAGUCCAAAAAUGAUGAACAGCAGAGGGACUAUCUGUUGGAAAGGAGAGACCUCGCCAUCGACUUCAUCUUCUCUCUCGUCCUCAUCGAGGUUUUAAAACAGAUCCCACUCCAUCCGCUCCUGGACGGCCUAAUCCAGGAGGUUAUUAAUCUGGCCUUUAAGCACUUCAGAUAUAGAGAAGGGUAUCUUGGCCCCAACACGGCCAACAUGCACAUCGUAGCCGACCUCUAUGCAGAGGUCGUCGGGGUCGUGGCCCAGUCCAGGUUCCCCGCCGUGAGGAAGAAGUUCCUGGCAGAGCUGAAGGAGCUCAGGCAGAAGGAGCAGAGCCCGUAUGUCGUGAGGAGCACCAUCAGCCUGAUCAUGGGAGUCAAGUUCUUCCGCAUCAAGAUGUAUCCGGUGGAGGACUUUGAGGCCUCCUUUCAGUUUAUGCAGGAGUGCGCACAGUAUUUUUUGGAAGUGAAAGACAAGGACAUUAAGCACUCCCUGGCCGGACUGUUUGUGGAGAUCCUGGUGCCUGUGGCCGCUACUGUGAAGAACGAGGUGAAUGUGCCCUGUCUGAGGAACUUUGUGGAAAGUUUAUAUGACACGACAUUAGACCUCUCGUCCAGGAAAAAGCACUCUCUGGCUCUGUACCCACUGGUGACCUGUCUGCUGUGCGUGAGUCAGAAACAGAUCUUCCUCAACAGAUGGCACGUCUUCCUCAACAACUGCCUGUCCAAUCUCAAGAACAAAGAUCCUAAAAUGGCCAGGGUGGCUCUGGAGUCCCUGUACCGCCUUCUGUGGGUCUACAUGAUCCGAAUCAAGUGUGAGAGCAACACUGCAACACAGAGUCGUUUGACGUCCAUCAUAUCCACACUGUUCCCCAAGGGCUCGCGGAGUGUGGUGCCCAGAGACAUGCCUCUCAACAUCUUCGUCAAGAUUAUCCAGUUUAUCGCACAGGAAAGACUUGAUUUCGCGAUGAAAGAGAUCAUCUGUGACCUGCUGAGCGUCGGCAAGUCCGCCAAAGCUUUCAGUCUUAACCCAGAGAGGAUGAACAUUGCCCUGCGAGCGUUUCUGGUCAUAGCAGACAGCCUGCAGCAGAAGGACGGAGAGCCUCCCAUGCCAAACACAGGGGCCACGCUGCCCUCUGGAAACACCCUGAAGAAAAAGAAAACCUACCUUAGCAAAACACUCACCGAGGAGGAGGCCAAACUCAUAGGUAUGGCCCUGUACUAUUCCCAGGUGAGGAAAGCCAUUGAUAACAUCCUGAGACACCUGGAUAAAGAGGUGGGCCGCUGUAUGAUGCUCACCAACGUACAGAUGCUGAAUAAGGAGCCAGAGGACAUGAUCACAGGGGAGAGGAAGCCGAAAAUCGACCUGUUCAGGACGUGCGUCGCUGCGAUCCCUCGGAUCCUUCCGGACGGCAUGUCUAAACCAGAGCUCAUUGACCUGCUGUCCAGACUCACUGUCCACAUGGACGACGAGCUGCGUCUCAUCGCCCAGAAUUCCUUGCAAAGCCUCCUGCUCGACUUCUACGACUGGCGGGAGGACGUACUGUUUGGCUACACUAACUUCCUCCUGCGGGAGGUGCAGGACACGCACCAGGGGCUGCAGGACUCCUCAGUCAAACUGCUCCUGCAGCUGUUGACGCAGUGGAGGCUGGCGCUGCAGAUGCCAGGCAAACGCUCUGCAGAGGUAACGUCCGUUAAACACUCUGUGAUGGCCUAUGGAGGUCCUAGCCCUCGGUUACCCACAGAGCGAAGUCCUCAUUGCACUGUGCUGCAUGCGGUGGAGGGUCUGGCUCUGUUGUUACUGUGUUCCUGUCAGACCAGUACGCGUAAACUGGCUGUGGCCGUGCUCCGCGAGAUACGCUGUCUCUUCAGCGCCAUUGGCCAGGCUGAGGAUGAUGAUAAGCCCAUGAUUGAGGUGAUGGACCAGUUGAGUCCCAAUGUUCUGGACAGCUUUGUCCACCUGGCUGUGUCUGACUCAGCCACGCUGCCUCUGAAUCAUCACGUUGACCUGCAGUGGCUGGUGGAGUGGAACGCCCGCCUGUUAAACAGCCACUACGACGUGAAGAGUCCCUCUCACGUCUGGAUCUUCGCUCAGUCUGUGAAAGACCCCUGGGUCCUGUGUCUACACAGUUUCCUUCGACAGGAGCACUUACCCAAGCACUGCCCCACUGCCCUCAGCUAUGCCUGGCCCUACGCCUUCACACGCCUGCAGCUCCUCAUGCCUCUGGUCGACCCCAAUAGCCCUGUGUAUGCCAAAAAGACCAGCACAGCUGGGCCGGUGGACGGCUACGUCAGUCUCUGGAGGAACUAUCUGAUCCUGUGUCUGGGCGUGGCCAAGCCCAGCAUCAUGAGCCCUGGUCACCUCCGAGCCUCCACCCCUGAGAUCAUGGCCACCACCCCCGACGGCAGCAUCACCUACGACAAUAAGGUGAUUGGCACUCCCUCAGUGGCCUGGCUCUUGAAGCAGCUCGUUCCUCUGAUGAGAGCGGAAAGCAUCGAGAUCACAGAGUCUCUGGUCCUGGGCUUUGGCUGCACUAAUUCUUUGGUGUUCAGGGAGCUGGUGGAGGAACUCCACCCGCUGAUGAAGGAAGCCCUGGAGCGAAGGCCCGAGAAUAAAAAACGGCGGGAGAGGAGAGACCUCCUCAGACUCCAGUUGCUGCGUAUCUUCGAGCUGCUGGCCGACGCCGGGGUCAUCAGUGACAGCACUAACGGAGCACUGGAGAGGGACUCCCUGGCCAUGGGAGCUCUGUUUCUGGAAUACGUGGAUCUGACCCGCAUGCUCCUGGAGGCGGAGAACGACAAGGAGCUGGAGAUCCUGAAGGACAUCCGCGCUCACUUCAGCGGCAUGGUGGCCAACCUCAUCCAGUGUGUCCCCGUGCAUCACCGGCGGUUCCUCUUUCCCCAGCAGAGCUUAAGGCAUCACCUCUUCAUCCUCUUCAGCCAAUGGGCGGGGCCAUUCAGCGUCAUGUUCACCCCGCUGGAUCGCUAUAGCGACCGUAACCACCAGAUCACUCGUUACCAGUACUGUGCCCUGAAGGCCAUGUCGGCUGUGCUGUGCUGUGGUCCUGUCUUUGACAACGUGGGCCUGUCUCCGGACGGCUACCUCUACAAAUGGCUGGACAACAUUCUGGGCUGUCCCGACCUGCGGGUCCAUAGACUGGGCUGUGAGGUGGUUAUUUUGCUCUUGGAGCUGAACGCUGACCAGGUGAACCUGUUCAACUGGGCGGUGGACCGAUGUUUUACUGGGUCGUACCAGCUGGCCUCCGGCUGCUUCAAGGCUAUCGCCACCGUCUGUGGGAGCAGAAAUUACCCAUGUGACAUUGUGACCCUCCUAAACUUGGUGCUUUUCAAGUCUUCUGACACAAGCCGUGAAAUUUAUGAGAUAUCCAUGCAGCUAAUGCAGGUCCUAGAGACCAAGCUGUCUGUUUAUUCGAAGAGGAUCGUUGGGCAGAAAUCAGGAAAUAUCUUGUACGGGACUCACGGGCCAUUACCCCCCCUGUACAGUGUCUCACUGUCUCAGCUUUCCAACCAGCUCGCCUGCAUGUACCCCGAACUCACACUGCCUCUCUUCUCAGAGGUCAGCCAGAGGUUUCCCACCACUCACCCUAACGGCAGACAGAUCAUGCUGACCUACCUGCUGCCGUGGCUGAAUAACAUUGAGCUGGUGGACACGGGCCUGCUCCCGCCCGCCUCCAGCCCCUGCACGCCGGAGGAGGAGGCCAGGGAGCAGGCCGACCAAAUGGGCCUCACCCACAGGCUGAAAGGCACAGGCUGGGGCUCCCUGCAGGCCACCUCACUGGUCCUCAACAACCUCAUGUUUAUGACCGCCAAGUACGGGGACGAGCUCCCAGGCCCUGAGAUGGAGAACGCCUGGAAUGCUCUGGUGACCAAUGAGAAGUGGAGCAACAACCUGCGAACCGCACUGCAGUUCCUCAUCAGUCUGUGUGGAGUCAGCAGUGACACUACACUCCUGCCCUAUAUUAAGAAGGUGGUCAUCUACCUGUGUCGGAACAACACCAUCCAGACCAUGGAGGAGCUUCUGUUUGAGCUCCAGCAGACGGAUCCGGUCAACCCCGUGGUUCUGCACUGCGACAACCCGCCCUUCUACCGGUUCGCCGCCAGCAACAAGACCUCCGCUGUCGCUUCAGGGACAACGUCCAGCAGUAACACAGUGGUGGCAGCCCAGGAGACUUAUCAGGAAACAGAUGAAGCGAAGAUUGCCAGGGAAAACGAGGAGAGGUUGAGUAAUGCGGCGCGAGUUCAUACCAGGCUGGAGUCCCGUUACAGUAACAGCUCUGGAGGGUCUUAUGAUGAGGAGAAGAAUGACCCCCUCCCACCUUACGCUGGAUGGCUGAUGAACGUCCUGGAGAGUAACCGGCCCCAGCCGCUGCCCAUGCCUGUGAACGGGGGCUGCUGGGCCCCCCUGGUGGACUACCUGCCUGAGACCAUCACCCCGAGAGGACCUCUGCACAGGUGUAACAUUGCGGUGAUCUUCAUGACGGAGAUGGUGGUGGAUCACAGUGUGAGAGAAGACUGGGCAUUACACCUGCCCUUACUGCUGCAUGCCCUCUUCCUGGGGCUGGAUCAUUACAGGCCAGAGGUGUUUGAACACAGCAAACGACUGCUCCUCCACCUGCUCAUCGCCCUCUCCUGCAACAACAACUUCCAGGUCAUCGCCUCCGUCCUGCUGCUCACCCGCGAGAUCGGCGACAACAAAACGCUGACCAUCAAGUCCAGCUACCAGCCCGAGUACCUCUACGCAGGUGGCUUCGACUUCCUGCGGGAGUGGCAGGCGUCUCCGGUGGCGGACUCCGGGCUGAGCUCCUCCUCCACCUCGUCCAGCGUGAGCCUCGGCGGAAGCGUCGGGAACCUCCCCCAAAUCACCGCCGACCUGGAGGAGCUGGAGGAGUCUUCCAGCGAGUCCGACGAGAAAACCAACAAACUCAUCGAGUUCCUCACCACCAGGGCUUUCGGACCCCUCUGGUGCCACGAGGACAUCACGCCAAAGAACCCAAACUGCAAGAGCUCAGAGCAGCUAACCAACUUCUUGCGUCACGUGGUAUCUGUGUUUAAAGAGUCCAAAUCAGACUUCCACCUGGAGCAGCAGCUGAGUGACGUGGCCCUGCAGACGGCCCUGUGCAGCUCCUCCCGUCACUACGCCGGGCGCUCCUUCCAGAUCUUCAGAGCUUUACGCCAGCCCCUGUCUGCCCACGCCGUCUCCGACCUGCUCUCGCGCCUCGUGGAGGUAGUGGGAGAGCACGGUGACGAGGUUCAGGGUUACGUUAUGGAGGUUUUGCUCACACUGGAGUCAGUGGUGGAUAAUCUGGCUGAGUGUCUGAAGAACAGUGACCUGAUGGCAGCCUUGACCAGGACGUCAUCACCAGACUUUCUGGUCACCGGGAAGCUGAACUCCAACAGGAAGAGCACGGGCCAGCUGAACCUCCUUCAGGGAGGUGACGGAGGCACGGCCGAGCGUAGCCGCCACCAGAGGAGCUACUCCGUGCCCAAGAAGUUUGGCGAGAGCGGAGAGCUUUUGUCCGACCCGCCGCGGAGCGCGACCCUGGAUCGCAUCCAGGCGUGUACCCAGCAGGGCCUGGCUCGCUCCGCCCGUAGCUCCUCCUCCUCCUCCACCCGGGCCGACACCAGCGCCAUCACGGACCCCUCCCAUGCCAGCCACCCCGCCAACCUGCUGUCCACCAUCUUCUGGGUGGCGGUGUCCCUCAUGGAGUCGGACUUCGAGUUCGAGUAUCAGAUGUCCCUGCGGCUGGUCCACAAGCUGCUCGCCAAGGUUCCCCUGGACCAGCCGGAGAACCGGGAGCGGCUGGAGAAGCUCCAGGCCCAGCUGAGGUGGAGCGGGUUUCCUGGACUACAGCAGCUGCUGCUGAAGGGAUUCACCUCGCCGGCCACCAGCGACCUCACCCUACAGCUCUUCUGCCAACUUACACCCGUGUCCCGCGUGGCGGUGAUCGACUCGUCCCAAGCCAUAGGUUUCCCUCUGAAUGUGUUGUGUCUGCUCCCUCACCUGGUGCAGCAUUUCGACUGCCCCACACAGUUCUGCAAAGAGAGCGCCGAACGGAUCGCCCAGGUGUGUUUGGAAGAAAAAGAGAAAAACGCCAAGCUUUCUCACCUGGCCCACGUGAUGAGUCUGUACAAAACGCGAUCGUACACCCGCGACCCGUUCUCCUGGGUCAGCGUCGUCUGUCGCUACCUGCACGAGGCCUUCUCUGACAUCACCCUCAACAUGGUCACCUACAUGGCAGAGUUGUUGGAGAAGGGCCUUCCCAGCAUGCAACAGCCGCUCCUGCAGAUCAUCUACAGCCUGCUGAGUCACAUGGACCUGGCAGGCAUCCAGGUCAAGCCUUUUAACGUUGAGGUUCUCAAGACAAUAGAGAAGUUUGUACAGACUGUACACUGGAAAGAAGCUCUGAACAUCCUGAAGCUCGUGGUAUCUCGGUCGGCGAGUCUGUCGCUCCCAGCCUAUUCCCACGGUGACUUUUCCCACCUGGAGGUCAGCCGCAUGAUGUGGGACGGAUCCUCCAAAGCCCUGCCUGGAAAAACACUGGAUUUCCACUUUGACAUUUCUGAGACUCCGGUAAUUGGGCGGAGAUACGAUGACCUGCAGGGGUCUGCCGGGAGAGAUGGAAAGGCCAGAGCCAUCGCCGUGACGCGCAGCACCUCCUCCACCUCCUCGGGCUCCAACUCCAACAACGUUCUGGUCCCCGUCAGCUGGAAGAGACCGCAGUCCUCUCAGAAGAGAACCAGAGAGAAGCUGGCCACCGUGCUCUCCCUGUGCGGACAGGAAGUGGGCCUGACCAAGAAUCCGUCGGUCAUCUUCUCCUCCUGCGGGGAUCUGGACCUGAUGGAGCACCAGCCCAGUCAGGUGUCGUCGGAGGACGGCACACGGGAGCAGGACACGCUGGACGACACGGCCUCGGAGCAGCAGUUCCGCGUUUUCCGCGACUUUGAUUUCUUGGACGUGGAGCUAGAGGACGGAGAGGGUGAGAGCAUGGAUAACUUCAACUGGGGUGUGAGACGGCGUUCGCUGGACAGUACCGAUCUGCAGGACCUGCUGGAGGAAAGCCAGCACUCUGGGAGCACGCCCAGUCUGGGCCAUGACGACGCCCACGACGAUGAGUCUGACGAAUCCUCAGAGGAGGAGUCCACCAGUCAAAGCCUUUCCCAUUCACAGCUCACCAUGAACCUGUCUCCCUCCGAGGACACGAACCACACAGACUUCCUGUCCACGUCGUAUGACGCCACCCCGGCAGAGCCGAGCUCUGUGAACUCUUCCACGCGCGGCAUGGCCCCCUCCUUACCAGACGACGCCGUUAUUCCACCAAUAAAGGUACAGGCAGAAGACGAGGACAGUAACGUUCAGGAGGACGACCUGGCGUUCAGCGUCAACGAGCUCCCCCCCGGGUUCGACUGCGGCAGCGGCAGCUUCACGUUGGACCUGCCGCCAGAACAGGAGAGAGCAGAACUGGACCUGGAUCCCAGCUGCCUGCCCAGUUUCGGGGAGGACAGGGACGACCUGGACGACCUUGGCUUUCCUCCGCCCCCCUCGCCCUUCUUCUCGGCCAUCCUGGCGGCGUUCCAGCCCACGGUGUGCGACGACGCGGAGGAAGCUUGGCGGAGCCACAUCAACCAACUGGUGUGUGAUUCCGACGGCUCCUGCGCGGUUUACACCUUUCGCGUCUUCUCCUCGCUCUUCCAGAACAUCCAGAGCAAAUUCUGCUCCCUGACCAGUGACGCUGCCGGUUACCUAGGAGACGGACUGAGGGGCAUCGGGUCGAAGUUUAUGCGCUCCUCACAGAUGCUGACGUCAUGUUCGGACUGCCCCACACUGUUUGUCGACGCUGACACGAUCGUCUCAUACGGCCUGCUGGAGAAAGUGAAGUUCAGCGUGUUGGAGCUGCAGGAGUAUCUGGACACGUACAAUAACAGAGAGGAGGCAGCUGUUUCAUGGCUGCAGAGCUGUAAGGCCACGUUUCCCAGGUGCUCUGACGACGGCGUGAUUACCUGCCAGCCAGGUGACACCGAGGAAAAGCAACUGGAGCUCUGUCAGCGACUGUAUAAACUGCAUUUUCAGCUGCUCCUCCUCUUUCAGUCCUACUGUAAACUGAUUGGUCAAGUCAACACCAUCAGCUCUGUACCAGAGUUGUUGAACAUGUCCCAGGAGCUGAAUGAUCUGAAGGGCAGUCUAAGGGUGGCUGCGGCAGGCGUGGCCAGUGACCUGGCUGCUCAGGAGCGCCCGUCUGCCCCUCCCACGUUCCCGUCGUCUGAGGCCGCGGUCCAGGCCAUCCUGGAAUGCCUGAAGAGUAACCAGUUCACCACGGCGAUCCGCUACAUCCGCGAGUGCAGACGGAUUUGGCCUAACGACAUUUUCGGCGGUAAUUCAGAGGACGAGGUCCAGACGCUGCUUAACAUUUACUUCCGGCACCAGACCCUGGGUCAGACGGGCACCUUCGCCCUGGUCGGGUCCAGCCAGGACCUGUCUGAGAUCUGCAUCAAGCUGAUGGAGCUGAACGGGGAGAUCCGUGACAUGAUCCGCCGCGCCCAGACUUACCGGGUCAUCCACUCCGGCCUCCCGGACUCCAGCGUGUCCGGCGCUAGUCUCUGA